AUGGCUACGUCUAAACUAUCUGAUUGCUUUAAAAUAAAUUUUAUUCUUCUAAAAUUUUUCGGAAUAUGGCCUGGAUACAAUUCAGCCAAAUACUACAAAUGUUAUUUGGUCAUAUUUCUCUUGAUUAAUUCAUUCAUCUAUAAUACUUUGCUUAUCUUAAAUUUAUUAUUUACGCCACGAAAAAUAGAUCUAAUUAUUCGAGAAGUAAUUUUUUUAUUUACUGAAGUGGCGGUAGGUGGUAAAGUUUUUAUGAUACUUUUAAAGCGGAAGGAAAUCUUUGAUGCCUUGUAUAUAUUAGAUUGUGAAGCUUUUAAAGGUGAAGAUGACGCUAGUAGGCAAAUUUUAAAAAGACAUGUCUCUAAGUACAAAACUUAUUGGAAAAUAUACGCCAUUAUAUCAAACUUUUCUUACUCUUCGCAAGUGUUCUUACCGAUAUUCGUAUAUUUGAUAUUCAACACAAAAAUGGAAUUGCCGAUAUGCAAAUACUAUUUUUUAGACGAUGAUGUCAGACGACACUAUUUUAUAUUUUGGUUCGUUUACCAAUCAGUUGGAAUGUACGGUCAUAUGCAAUAUAAUGUUAACAUUGACACAUUAAUCGCUGGCUUUUUGAUGAUGGCAAUAGCACAAAUCGAAGCACUGAAUAAUGUAUUGAAACAUUUGAAAGUUGCCAAAAACCAUACGAAGGAUUAUAAGCGAAGGGAUACUGUCCAAAUUAUGAGAUUAAAUCAUUAUUUAAAGCAUUAUGAGCAGAUCCUCAAAUACUGUUCUGCGAUACAGGAUAUUAUUGGCAUAACAAUGUUCAUUCAAUUUGGAAUAGCGUCAGUAAUCAUUUGUGUCAUUUUGUGUGGAUUGCUUUUGCCAUCGUCUAUAGAAGCUAUGGUUUUCAUGGUGAGUUAUUUAUUCGCCAUGCUUUUACAAAUAUUCGUGCCAGCUUGGUUGGGGACACAGCUUAGUCAUGAAAGCCAGGGACUGAUAUUUGCAGCGUAUUCCAGCGAAUGGAUACCGAGAUCUGAGAGAUUCAAACGAAGUCUUAAUGUUUUUAUGGAACGAGCGAAACGUAAUAUAGUAUUAACCGGUUGGAGGUUGUUUCCCCUUUCCCUUGAUACAUUCACAUCUAUUUUAAAAAACGCUUACUCGUUUUUCACUCUUAUCAGGAACGUUCAAGAUCGGGAAACAUAG